UUUUUGUUGUAGGGGAACAACUCCAAGUGCCUGUUCCUGCAACUUCGCCGGCUUCUCCAAUGUCCUUCAGGGCAAAGAACAGCUCUAAUGUUGCUGCUUCUCCUGCAGUUUUAGUUGCACCAAGAUCAAGUAUGAUGGGAUUCCAAUUUGGAAGUAGCCAGAGCACCAGCUUAAAGGCAAAUAACAGAGUGGCGGCAGGGCUGGUGACUUUGUCAAUUCUAUUGCUCACAGCAUUUCAAGGAGUGUUAGAGCUGAUGACUUUAGCAAUGUUGUUACUACUAAUUAAAAUUAAGAUUGAAAUAAUGUAUUUAAUUCAUGUAGGAUUCACUUGAAGAGACUGAGACUAGGUUUUAUUAUUUCAUGUUAAAUAUGUCAUUAAUUUAUGUUAUCUUUUUGUCUAUGUAUUAAAAUAUGUAGU